GAGCGGUUGUAUUUUCUCAGCGGAAAAACGCGGAGUCUUCGAGCGGCGGGUGAAAUCUUCGACGGAAGAAACAACAAAGCGACAAGUGUGGAGUGCAGGCCAAAAAGAAAUAAGUUCGAUUGUAGAAAAUCGUGAGCCAAACAAAUGAAACGCAAAUAAAUGAGGCCAAUCAGCGGAGCAGAGCUGCGAAUUAUGGCACAAAAGUGCCUAUAAAUAGUGUAACUAAAGGAAAGAAAAAGUGGCAAGCGAGGAAAAGGCAUAAAAAGGGAAAGAAGAGAGAUCAAAAUAAAGAAACCAGAAACCGAAAGAACAAAGGCGGGUUCGUUGUGGGUCAAGAACGAAAGUUCGGCUCAAAAUAGCCCGUUGAUUGUGCAUUUUUCGGAAGAGGUCAAGCCGCCUGCUACCUGCGGAGCUUCAUACUUGGGGAAACCUGGCGUAGCGAAGUCCACAAGUCCACACAUUAUGACACAGCAGCAGCCGCCAUGGCCGAGUCCCAGGGGAAAAUGCUGGCUCAUCCUGGCCCUUCUAGCUUUUCUCUUGGUUGCAGAUGUUGCCGCCCUGCCCUUCCUGUUCACGCACAUCAAACCGCAGAUAAACUGGACGCAGCCGGAAAUGGAACGCUGGGUUAUUGAGGAGCAGCCUCGCAGCAUUGAGCCCCAUUUGGAACCUACGCUCCACCCAAAUCGCACUCACCGUACUUUAUCCUCUGAUACCUCGGACUCGGAGUUCCUGCAACGUUUGGUCGACAUCCGACACAACCAGUCGGCGACUUCCAGAAUGUUGUGGUACGAUGUGGCCGGCGGAGAUGGACUGGUGUAUCCCCCUUUCGUGGAUAAGGCCCUGAAGCUACUGAAUCUCAAACAGGUGGCCUUCGAGAUCGAGAACAGCGUGAUGUCCAAAGUAACCUGCACCGCCUGCAGAGCUGGUGCCGGAAUGCUUCAGCAUCAGAUUCAGUCCGGGAAGACGGACGCGGAGCUGAUCCGCAUGAUCACGGACUACUGCACCAAUUUGAAUAUUCAAAGUGCCCGAGUUUGCCAGGGAGUGGCCCAACUCUUUGGCAGCGAGUUGAUAUAUGUUCUCAAGAGGGUCAACCUAAGUCCCGAUGAACUCUGCAGCUUCGUAAUAGGCGAUGGAUGUGCCGAUGUGUAUAACCCUUACCAUGAGUGGGAGGUGAUUUUCCCUCCAGUACCCAAACCACCUCGUCUCGCAGAUCUGCCGAUUCCCAUGGAAGCGGCUCCCUUCUUCAAGGUCCUGCAUAUUUCCGAUACCCAUUAUGAUCCACAUUACGCGGAAGGCUCCAAUGCAGACUGCAAUGAGCCACUUUGCUGUAGAUUGAGCAGCGGACGUCCAGCCACUCCAAAUGCGGCAGCUGGGAAGUGGGGAGACUACCGGAAAUGUGACACCCCCAAAAGGACCGUAGAUCACAUGCUGUCCCACAUCGCAGAGACGCACAAGGACAUCGACUACAUCCUGUGGACAGGAGAUCUGCCACCUCACGACGUGUGGAAUCAGACGAAGGAGGAGAACCUGGCCAUUAUCAAGGACACUGUGAAACAGAUGGUCGAAAUGUUCCCGGGAAUCCCCAUCUUCCCAGCGCUGGGGAACCAUGAAAGUGCUCCGGUCAACAGCUUUCCCCCGCCGUACGUCAACCAGGUGGAUAUCUCCAUUAGCUGGCUCUAUGAUGAACUAGAUGUGCAGUGGCGCAGGUGGCUGCCCCAGAGUGUGACCCAUACGGUGCGACGUGGUGCCUUCUACUCGGUGCUGGUUCGUCCUGGAUUCAGGAUCAUCUCGCUUAAUAUGAACUACUGCAACAACAAGAACUGGUGGCUGCUCCUGAACUCUACGGAUCCCGCCACAGAGCUGCAAUGGUUCAUUUACGAGCUUCAAAGUGCCGAGUUCUCUAAUGAAAAGGUCCAUGUCAUAGGCCAUAUUCCACCUGGUCAUUCAGACUGCCUUAAAGUCUGGUCUCGCAACUUCUACAAGAUCAUCUCGCGUUACGAGAGCACUGUGACUGCUCAAUUCUAUGGACACACGCACUACGAUGAGUUUGAAAUGUUCUACGACCCUCAUGAUCUGAAUCAUCCUAAUGGAAUUGCCUACAUUGGACCCUCUGUAUCGCCAUAUUAUGAUUUGAAUCCUGGCUAUCGGAUCUACUACGUGGAUGGCGACCACGAUUCUACGACGCGACUGGUCAUCGACCAUGAGUCUUGGAUAAUGAAUCUCAAGGAGGCCAAUCUGUACGGAUACCCCAUCUGGUACAAACUUUAUACAGCCCGAGCGGCAUACAACAUGAAGGCUCUACGCCCCAGCGACUGGAACAAUCUGCUCAACCAGCUGACCAAUAAUCAGGAGCUAUUCGAGAUGUACUACAAAUAUUACUGGAAAAACUCCCCUGCGCGACCCACUUGCGAUGCCGAGUGCAAAAAGAGAUUGAUCUGCGACUGCCGAAGUGGACGUUCCCACGAUCGGAAGCACUUCUGUGCCGAGGUCGAAUCCAAGAUCGAUGAGGAGUCGUCCAAGUCGUGGAAGUCCUGGUUCUAUAAGGGACUGACCAACUCCUAUAGCCUGCUGUCCUCCAUAACCUACCUGCCCAAAUACCUGCUGGGAUACCGAUGAGCUUAUCUGACCUGGUCCGAUCAGACAACUGCAAGUCAAUGCAAUCGCAACGAAGGAAUACACCUACCCCAUAAGUUUACUAUGUGAUAACUAGUGCUUAAUUCCCAUUUGUCUAAGUUUACAUUAACGCAAUGAUGUCCCAAACGGCCCGGCCCAGAGCUCAUACUUUCAGACCUUAGAAGCGCCCCUUCGGAUACUGAGUCAGUGAACAAUAGUCAUUUAACUAUAAUCGAGUCGUUGUUGAUGCCCUAGUUGCUGCAUUUCGGGGCGUGGCGGGUGCGCCCUUUUACGUAAUGGAAAUUGUUGAACAAAUUACUUUUUAGACACCUAAUUGUAAUGCUAAUCUAGGGCUUAACUUAAAUAAAGUGAAAUUAUUUGUAAUAACAAAAUA